AUGAAGUCCACCAUCUUCACCGCCGCCGCCCUCGCGGCCCUCACCACCGCCUCCCCCAUCUCCCGCCGCGCAGAUGGCCCAACAGACGGCGAAAUUCUCAACUACGCCCUCACCCUCGAGCACCUCGAGGCCACCUUCUACAAGGACGCCCUCGCCAAGUACUCCUCUGCCGACUUCACCUCCGCAAACUUCACCACCGAAACCUACGAGAGAGUAAAGACCAUUGCCGCAGACGAAGCCGCCCACGUCUCCUUCCUUACCGCCGGCCUCAAGGCCGCCGGCGCCACCCCCGUCGAAGCCUGCACUUACGACUUCGGCUACACGGACGUCGCCUCGUUCCUCGCCACCGCCUCGGUGCUCGAGGGCGUAGGCGUCAGCGCCUACCUCGGUGCGGCCGCCGACAUCAUGUCCAAGACGUACCUCACGGCCGCCGGCUCCAUCUUGACGGUAGAGGCCAGGCACGCAGCGUACAUCCGCAACAGCAUCGGCGAAGCGCCGUUCCCCGCGCCCUUUGACAACCCGCUGGGCUACAACGAGGUGUACACGCUCGCGGCGCAGUUCAUUAAGUCCUGCCCAGACUCCAACCCCAAGCUCCCCGUCAAGGCGUUCCCGGUGCUGAGCGCGAAGCCCAAGGACGAGGGUAAGAUGGGUGUGUAUGGCGGUGACGACAUCAUGGUAGCUACCAAGGGUUACAAGAUUGAGGGAACCGUGUAUGCGGCGUUUAUCACUGUCACUGGACCCGUGUUUGUCGAUGCCAAGGCGGUCGAGGGUGGAUUCGAGGUCAUGGUGCCCAAGGAGGGUGUCACCGGACAGAGCUAUCUUGUGCUUACCAACUGCAACACUGCGGCUACGGAUGAUACUAUUGUUGCCGGCCCGGUGAUUGUCGAAAUCAUGGCCAAGAUGUCGUAA